AUGUCUCAAUCCGGAGCGCAAGUCUCUCAGGAGUGCAUAACGGCCUACAACGAGCUCAAGCUCUCCAAGAAGUACAAGUACAUCAUCUACAAGCUCUCGGACGACAACAAGGAGAUCGUCGUCGAGGAGGCCUCGGCCGAUAAGGACUAUGACAACUUCCGCGAGAAGCUGAUCAACGCCCAGACCAAGUCCAAGAGCGGUGCUGUUGGCAAGGGCCCCCGCUACGCCGUCUACGACUUCGAGUACAGCCUUGCCUCUGGCGAGGGUGAGCGCAACAAGAUCACCUUCCUCGCCUGGUCCCCCGAUGAUGCCGGUGUCAUGGCCAAGAUGGUUUACGCCUCCUCCAAGGAGGCCCUGAAGCGCUCGCUCACUGGUAUCGCGACCGAGCUCCAGGCCAACGAUGCCGACGACAUCGAGUACGACUCCAUUCUCAAGACCGUCAGCAAGGGCAUGGCUGGUUAA